AUGUCUUCCCGUCGCAUUGCUGACCCCGGUUGGACGAUCUUAGUCAAGCAAUUCAUUCGGAAUGUCCGUUCAGCAAAGACCAUCGCCGACGAGCGAGCCGUCAUCCAAAAAGAGAGCGCCGCCAUUCGUGCGUCGUUUCGAGAAGAGAGCCACGACUCCGGUGUCCGGAGGAACAAUGUCGCUAAACUGCUGUACCUGUUCACUCUCGGAGAGCGCACCCACUUCGGCCAAAUCGAAUGUCUGAAACUCCUCGCCUCACACCGGUUCGCCGACAAGCGGCUGGGAUAUCUGGGGACCAUGCUGCUACUGGAUGAGAACCAGGAGGUCUUGACUCUAGUGACCAAUUCUCUUGGAAAUGACCUCAACCACUCUAAUCAGUAUAUCGUCGGCCUGGCGCUCUGUGCCCUCGGUAACAUUGCUUCGAUCGAGAUGUCCCGCGACCUGUUCCCCCAAGUUGAGACCCUCAUGUCAACAGCCAACCCUUACAUUCGCCGGAAAGCCGCCAUUUGUGCAAUGCGGAUAUGUCGCAAGGUCCCGGAUCUGUACGAGCAUUUCCUGGAGAAGGCCAAGACAUUGCUGGGAGACCGAAACCAUGGCGUCUUGCUUUGCGGGUUGACCUUCGCGAUCGACUUGUGCGAGGCAGAAGAAGAGGAAGAAGGCCCGGAAGGCGUGAUUGAGAUGUUCCGUCCACUCGCUGGAAACCUGGUGCGCGUCUUAAAGGGACUCACAACGUCCGGGUAUGCACCCGAGCACGAUGUCUCCGGAAUCACAGACCCUUUCCUGCAAGUGAAGAUUCUGGGGUUUUUGCGUGCCUUGGGCCGGGGCGACGUAGCAACCAGCGAGUUGAUCAACGACAUUCUGGCUCAGGUGGCCACCAACACCGACUCGUCAAAGAACGUGGGAAAUGCCAUUCUCUACGAGGCAGUGCUCACCAUUUUGGAUAUCGAGGCCGAUUCAGGACUGCGGGUGCUGGGUGUCAACAUCCUCGGAAAGUUCUUGUCUAACAAGGAUAACAACAUCCGCUAUGUGGCACUGAACACCCUGAACAAGGUUGUGGCCAUUGAACCUAAUGCGGUGCAAAGACAUCGGAACACAAUCCUAGAAUGUCUUCGGGAUCCUGAUAUCAGUAUCCGCCGGCGCGCGCUCGAUCUCAGCUUCUUGCUGAUCAACGAGGGUAACGUGCGGGUGCUGGUGCGGGAACUGUUGGCCUUCUUGGAGGUGGCCGACAACGAAUUCAAGCCGGUGAUGACUACACAGAUUGGAAUUGCCGCCGACCGGUACGCGCCAAACAAGCGUUGGCACCUGGACACGAUCCUGCGGGUUCUCAAGCUGGCUGGGAACUACGUGAAGGAACAGAUUUUGUCGUCGUUCGUCCGCCUCAUUGCGACCACCCCUGAACUGCAGACCUACGCCGUUCAGAAGCUUUACUCAUCUCUGAAGGAGGAUAUCUCGCAAGACGGUCUUACUCUGGCGGCUGCGUGGACGAUUGGUGAAUACGCCGACAGUCUGCUGCAGGGCGGCCAGUACGAGGAGGAGGAACUAGUGAAAGAAGUCAGGGAGAGUGACAUUGUCGACCUUUUCCACAACAUCCUUAACAGCACCUAUGCAACCCAGGUUGUCAUCGAGUACAUCACCACCGCAUCGAUGAAACUCACCGUGCGCAUGUCAGAUCCCUCUCAGAUUGAACGCCUCCGCCGUUUCCUGUCUAGCCGGACCUCCGACUUGAGCAUUGAGAUCCAGCAGCGUGCCGUCGAAUACUCCAAUCUGUUCGGGUAUGACCAGAUCCGCCGCGGCGUGCUUGAGCGGAUGCCUCCGCCUGAGAUUCGCGAGGAACAGCGGGUUUUGGGUGCACCCACCAAGAAACGUCAGAGCAAAAUUCUCCGUGACAAGUCGAAGAAGGUCUCUCGGCCCGCUGAGCACGACCUGCUCCUUGAUCUGGUCGGUGGCGCCGAAGCCCCCGUCACCAGCCCGACCUCGAACGGAUCCAACACCGCAGAUUUGCUAGCCGAUAUUCUCGGCGGCGAUUCCGGUAUGUCCUCGCCGCCUCCGACUGGCCAGCAAAAGACUAGCACCAGUGCCAUCAUGGACAUGUUCGGCAAUGGCCCGACAUCCCCCCCGCCCUCCCAGCCGGCCUCCUCUGGACUGGAUUUGUUGGGAGGUGGUGGUGGCAUGGGCGCAUCUGCACCUUCUCCGGAUGUCCCCGUUAGCGCCUCCGCGCCCGCAAACACUGCCUUCAACAAAGAAGGCCUCGUGCUCACCUUGCAGGUGCAACGGAGCGCCGGCGGCAAUGCCCAGAUCCUAGCUCGCUUCCGCAACGAAUCCAACUUUAACAGCUUCUCCAGCGUCGGUCUGCAAGCUGCCGUGCCGAAGAGCCAGAAACUGCAGCUGAGCGGUAUCAGCAAGGCUGAGCUUGAAGCUGGCGAUGAGGGCACGCAGUCUUUGCGAGUUAACGCUCUGAACGGAUCCCUCCCACCCAAGCUCCGUCUCCGUCUCCGCGUCACCUAUGCCCAGGACGGUGGCAAUCCCGUCACUGAUCAAGUGGAUUGGACGGAGCCUUGA